CUGCUAAAAAUUCUGGGAAUAAACAAUGUUGUAAUGGCCAUCACCAGGCUUUUCAGCCUUGUUCUUUUCUCCUUCAUAACAUCCCCACAAAUGGUUAAUGCAGCUCGCCCCAGAGGUAUUGGUCUUAUUCGACUACCGUUCGGUGUGUCUGAUCAUCGUUCUGGACCAUACUUGCAUAACCUAUACAUAGCAGGGAACAAGCUCUAUCAUAAGUAG